AUGGGCAAGAAGGGCAACGGCAGCCGGGGCGGUCCACCAAAUCGAGGCAGAGGCGGUGGCCGUGGUCGCGGUCGAGGCAGAGGAGGCGGCGGUGGCUUCCAGCCUUUUGGCGGUCAAGGCCACGUCCUCGGCGGAGCAUCUGGAUCUGCCUCUCCGUCCGGAUACAACUCUCCUCGUGGUGGCGCAGCGAAUGGAAGGCCGUUCCGAGGUCGUGGACGAGGCGGCCACCUCUCCGUCUCCGGUCAGAACCGCGCCGGCUUUGACUAUGGCUCUUUCUCGCGCGGCAAUCGUCGCGACUACGAUGAUGACGACGAGGACGACGAGGAUGAGGAUGAAGAGGAUGAUGAGGAAGACGCUGCCGACUUUGCGAUAGAACCUCCGAAAGGGUACAAGCAUAAGGUCAAGCCACACCUCGAAUCGGACGUGGUCUCGGAUCCCGAGGACAACUCUGCAAAGCCGCAAGCGCCACAUCAACUAAACAUCCCAUCAGGCAGCACCACGCCACAGCGUGUCUUCAACGCUUCCUCCAUUGUAGCGAGCGCAGUCAAGCCGCGCUUCACUCCUCGCUCCACCGCGCCCACCAACUUUCCCGAGUUCUUCACCAGCAGAGGCGCUGCCGGCGGAGGCAAGUACCGCCCGCCAGAAGAGACCGAAGAUUCCAGGUACCUUGCCGGCGUGCCUGGUCUUCGCAGACCCGAGCGCAAACAGCGUAAUGCUCCACGCUUUGGCGACCCAGCCGAUUCGGCACAGAGCCCCUUCCGAGUGCCUGUCGCCUUUGUCAAGGCUACAGGCGAGUUCGGCGAUCCUCUCAAGGGCAACUUGCCGCCUACAGAUCCCAACGACGCAUCCAUAGAUCCAGCUGCUCCCAUGCAGCAACUGACAGAGGCGCAGCAGCAGCAGCCGCCUCCUGGCGAUCAGUCUGCUCCUCGUCAUGCCGGUCUUGGCUUCUCUAAUCGCUCCAAUGUAAAGCCUGCUGUACCGGGAUCCGCCGACGCGGCGGCUCAGAAGGCAGCACAGCAAACGGCGACGCCAUAUCAGCCCUCUCGUGCGGCACCCGUCUUCCCUGACACGACGGUGAACGCAUUCAACUUCGACGGUCUGGAUGCGAUCGACGGCGAGAACGAUGACGAGGUGAACGCGUUGCUCGCCGCCUUCCCGGGGUCGAAAGAGCUGGCACCAGGAGAGUCGAUGAUCGAAGAUGACGCUUCUUUGACAUGGUCCAUGCCGGCCUUCCAGCCCGAAGCAAGGGCUGUACCAUCCAACCUCGCAGAAGCGCCAAAGAAUGGGUCGUCCAACGGCUACAAUCUGCAAGAUCAGAAGGCCGCGCCCUCCACACAGUACGCGACGGCCAAGCCUGCAUCUCGAAGCUCGAUCUCCUCCUCCUCGGACGACGAAGAGAUCAUCCUAGUGCCCUCGCAGUCGCAGACGCAUACAGAGCAUGCUUCGAUCAAAGAGCAGGUCACUGUGGUGGAGAACGUUCGGCAGCCCGCACUCGACUCAGUUGCUGAGAUGGAGGUCGAAAGUAAGGUUGAGGUGACGGAAGAGACCGACUUCGGCUUUGUGAUCGACCUCGAAGGCGAGGAUCCAGACGCUGCUGCAGAACGUACAAAUGCCGGUGCGCCCACCACAUCCUCGCAUCGUAUGGCUCUUGGCGACGCCGUCGCAACCAGCUCGAAAGCGCCACGCAAGAAGCAAUCCGCCAAGCGAGGCAAGCCGGCUCGCAUCCCGCGAGAGGGCGAUUCCGACCUGGAUUGGGGCAGUGAUGGCCCGCCAGGCGAUUCUGGCGACGACGACGACGUUGUCGAGGCUGACAAUCUCGCAGCUGCCACCGCUGGCAUCCAUAUCACGCGCAGCAAUAACGAUGAAACCAUCACUGAUCCCAUUCUGCUGAAAGCGAUCCGCGCUGAUCGUCACGAGUGGGAGUCGGAGGACGACGGCGACAUUGUCAUGGAGGCCGCCAAGAACAAGCGUCGCGGCGGGCAGCGGGCCAAACGCUCGCUUGCCAACCGCAAUGCCACCUCGCGCAACAAUGCGCGCAGUCGCAAAGCCGACCAGGAGGCGAUUGUCGCUGAUUACAUGCAGAACAUUCUCGACCAGGGUGCCGACACGUCUGACGAAGAUGCAGCCAAGGAUGAUCUGUUUUCGACCGACGACAUGGUUGUGGAGACGGUCGACGGUGGGUUGCCCUCAGAGGCUGCCGGAAAGGGCAAGGCUGCAGCUCGCCGCUUGUCAAACAAGCUCGAUGACAAGACGGACAUGGACGCCAUGAUUCGUUUCAUGAACGGCAUGGAUCCUCAGAAGGGCGGCCGUCAGCUCGGGUUCGGCGACAUCGAGGAUGAGAUCCAUAUGGAUGAGGUCAAGGAGUGGCUCACCGAGAGCGAGGACGACAGUGACGAGGAUGGAGACGGCGACGGCGUUCAAGUGGUCGACGUUAACGCCGAAGCGGCCGCAUCAAAGAAGUCCGCCAAGCCUGAAGCUGCCGGAGACGACGAAGAGGACGAAGACCUGGCCGAGCAGCUCCGCAUCAUUCUCGAGGCCGAUGACGAUGACGAGAGCAGCGAGGUCUUCAGCGAAGACUCCGAGUCUUCCGAGGAAGAGGAUGAUGAUGAUGAUGAUGAGGAUGUUAGCGACAGCGACGAUGAUGAUGAUGACGAAGGCAUGUUCCGCGGCAAGUAUUCGUGGGCUGACGAGGACGAAGACUUCAUCCGGGCACUGUCAUCCCAAGUGGGCGGUGCCGGCAUCGGCAGCCGUUCCGGCUCCGCUCCCUCGUCGAAACGCGCGCAGAAGAAGCUCUUCCACGCCAUCUCGAACGGCGACUUUUCCGACCUGAUGGAUCUCGCUGCCGACGAGAAUGAGAUCGACUCGGACGACCCAGCCUACGGUAUGGGCUCAAUUCCGACGGCUCGCAAUGGCAAGCGCAAAGGGCGCAAGUUCACGUCGGACGACCUCUGGGCCGAAGAGCUGCAACAGCAAUGGGACAAGGACCGCGCCGGCAAAGCCUCCAAAAAGCAACAGCGUCUCGCCGAGCGUCAGGCUGCGGCGCUCAAUCCGUUCCCCAACACGCAUGGCGCUGCGGGCAGUGCCGGAAAGACCAAAUCCACCAAGAAGCAGCUCAAGCUCGCGCGCAAGGCCGAGAAGCGUGAGGCGCGCGCAAGCCUCAAGGCGCACUCGAACAACGUGGUCUCUGCGAUCAAGGCGGCGGGCUCGCUGGAUGCGGUCGACGCGUCGGUGCUCACGUUCGGCGGUCAGAGUGCGUCGGGCGACAUCACCUCGUUGGGCCUCGACAAGCGGUUCGCGUUCAAUAUGGACGAGCUGAACCAGCAGAUCCAGCACUUCCUCUCGGAGCGCGGAAGGAACACGAUGCGCUGCCAGCCGAUGGACAAGUUUGCCCGCGCCGAGGUGCACGCUCUGGCAGCGGCAUACAAUUUGCAGUCCAAGAGCAAGGGCAAGGGGCGGGAUAGGUUCCCGACGCUGAUCAAGACGAGCAAGAGCGGGUUGAACGUGGAUUACCGGAAGGUCAAGCGGAUUGUGUACUCGAAUGCGGGCGCUACGUUUGGCAACGAUGCGGGCAGGAGCGAUUUCAAGGACAAGGGCAGGAACAAGAAGGGCAAAGGUGGCGGUCAGGCUGGUGGCAUGUAUGGUGUGGGCGGCGGAACGGUGCCGAAAAACAGGGAGGGUGAAGAGGUCGGAUUUGGAGCGGACAAGAUCGGAGCGGACAACAUCGGACACAAGCUGCUCGCGGCGAUGGGAUGGACGGAAGGAAAAGGUAUUGGAAGCUCGCAGGGUAUGGCCAAUCCUGUCUCGGCGACGGUCAAGACGUCGCGUGGCGGUCUUGGUUUCUAG